AUGGCUUUUGCCAACUUCCGCCGUAUAUUAAGGCUUUCCACCUUCGAGAAGAGAAAGUCUCGAGAAUAUGAGCACGUCCGUCGGGAUCUAGACCCAAACGAAGUGUGGGAGAUCGUCGGGGAGUUGGGCGAUGGAGCCUUCGGUAAAGUUUACAAGGCCAAGAACAAGGAGACGGGUGAGUUGGCUGCUGCCAAAGUCAUCGAAACCAAGAGUGAGGAGGAGCUGGAAGAUUAUAUAGUGGAGAUAGAAAUCCUGGCUACAUGUGACCACCCAUACAUAGUGAAGCUACUGGGGGCCUUUUACCACGAUGGGAAGUUGUGGAUUAUGAUUGAGUUUUGUCCUGGUGGAGCAGUGGAUGCCAUCAUGUUAGAGUUGGAUAGAGGGCUCACAGAGCCUCAGAUUCAAGUAAUCUGUCGUCAGAUGCUAGAGGCCCUCGCCUACCUACACAGUAAGAAGAUCAUCCAUCGUGACCUGAAGGCUGGCAAUGUGCUGAUGACCUUGGAUGGAGACAUCAAGCUUGCUGACUUUGGUGUAUCUGCCAAGAAUCUGAAAACUUUGCAGAAACGAGAUUCCUUCAUAGGAACACCUUACUGGAUGGCUCCUGAGGUAGUGAUGUGUGAGACCAUGAAAGAUACCCCUUAUGAUUACAAGGCUGAUAUAUGGUCCUUGGGCAUCACACUCAUUGAGAUGGCGCAGAUAGAGCCUCCUCACCAUGAACUGAAUCCGAUGCGAGUCCUCUUGAAGAUUGCCAAGUCAGACCCCCCUACACUCCUCACACCAUCCAAAUGGUCCUUGGAGUUCCGGGACUUCCUGAAGACUGCUCUGGAUAAGAAUCCAGAGACCCGACCCAGUGCUGCACAGCUCUUAGAACAUCCUUUUGUCAGCAAAAUCACCAGCAACAAAGCUCUCCGGGAGCUGGUAGCUGAAGCAAAAGCUGAAGUGAUGGAGGAAAUUGAAGACAAUAGGGAGGAAGGAGAAGAUGAUGACUCAACAGAAACAGUAUCUCCUCCAGGGACACACAUGAGGGACUCUUCAGAAGUGAGUCAACUGAGUUUUGAUGGAGAAAAAUUUCCAGAGUUACCAUCUCCUGGCCCUACUGAGCCCAAAGGCAGUCUAGAUAAGCCCAGUGACAAACUUUUGGAUGGAGAAAAUGCCACUGUCCAGGUAGAUAGUAGCAACUCCAUACAAACCACAAGUAGUUCUGACCUGCCUGGAAAUGAGGAUAGCCAAGCUAUACCUACGACCCCAGGGAAAUACCGAUUCAGUGCUCCACCUGGACUCUUAGAUGCCAAAGUUUCAAUCACAGAGGAGAAACCUUUCUCUAACCAUCAGAGCAACAACUUAGACAUUGCUACCAACAAAAUCAACAAGGGAAGCCGAAGCCGGCCCACAAGCAGCAUCCUGGAGAACUUAGUGGGUGAAAAAAUUGCCAAUGGGAGCCUAGAAUCUCCUGCUCAAAUAUCCCUUGGUAAAUCCAAGAGAGACUCAGACUGUGGGAGUCUCUCUGCCUCUGAGAGCAUGGAUUACAGUGUUUCACUCUCCACUGACUUAUCUCUAAACAGGGAGAUGGGUUCAUUGUCUCUGAAGGAAUCCAGGUUGCACAACAAAACCCUGAAGCGCACCCGGAAGUUUGUUGUGGACGGUGUGGAGGUGAGCAUCACCACAUCCAAGAUCAUCAGUGAGGAUGAGAAGAAAGAUGAAGAGAUGAGAUUUCUCAGGCGUCAAGAGCUUCGAGAGCUGCGUCUGCUCCAGAAAGAGGAGCACCGGAAUCAGACCCAGCUGACUAGCAAACAUGAGCUGCAGCUGGACCAGAUGCAGAGACGCUUUGAGCAAGAAAUAAAUGCCAAGAAGAAAUUCUUUGACACAGAGCUGGAGAAUCUGGAGCGGCAGCAGAAGCAGCAGGUGGAGAAGAUGGAGCAGGACCAUGCACUGCGCCGGCGGGAGGAGGCAAAGAGGAUCCGGGCCGAGCAAGAGCGUGACUACACCAAGUUCCAGGAGCAGCUCAAGAUGAAGAAGAAGGAGGUGAAAAAUGAGGUGGAGAAACUGCCUCGUCAGCAACGGAAAGAGAGCAUGAAGCAGAGAAUGGAGGAGCACACACAACAAAAACAGAUUCUAGACAAAGAGUUUGUUGCCAAACAGAAGGGAGAUUUGGAGUUAGCUAUGAAAAUGAUCACAGCUGAAAAUAGACGGGAGAUCUGUGACAAAGAGAGGGAAUGUCUGAAUAAGAAGCAACAGCUUCUUCGAGACCGGGAAGCCUCCCUCUGGGAGCUUGAAGAGCAUCACUUACAAGAAAGACACCAGCUCGUCAAGCAGCAGCUGAAGGACCAGUAUUUCCUCCAAAGGCAUGAACUACUCCGAAAGCAUGAGAAGGAGCGGGAGCAGAUGCAGCGUUACAAUCAAAGAAUGAUAGAACAGCUCAAGAUCCGGCAACAACAAGAGAAGGCCCGCCUCCCCAAGAUCCAGAGAAGUGAAGGCAAGACUCGAAUGGCCAUGUACAAGAAGAGUCUCCAUAUCAAUGGUGGUGGGAGUGCCUCUGAGCAGAGAGAGAAGAUUAAGCAGUUUUCCCAACAGGAAGAAAAAAGACAGAAGGCUGAGCGAUUGCAGCAACAACAGAAACAUGAGUCCCAGAUGAGAGAUAUGAAUACCCAGUGCGAGAGCAACAUGAGUGAGCUCCAGCAGCUCCAGAAUGAAAAGUGUCACCUCUUGGUAGAGCAUGAAACCCAAAAGUUGAAGGCCCUAGAUGAGAGUCAUAACCAGAACCUGAAGGACUGGCGGGAAAAGCUUCGUCCACGGAAGAAGGCUCUGGAGGAUGACCUGAACCAGAAGAAACGUGAGCAGGAGAUGUUCUUCAAAUUGAGUGAAGAGGCCGAGUGCCCGAAUCCCAACUCACCAAAUAAACCUGCCAAGUUUUUCCCAUACAGCUCCUCAGAAACUUCCUAAAGUACAACUGAUAUGAGGCAGCAGGCUUCCAUACAGCAGACAGGCCUCUUCUCCCAUUUACUCUUUGAACAAGAACUCAGGACCCAAAACAUCCAUUGCUUCUAGAAUGCCAACUUAACUUUAAAAGCCUGAACUAUGCUGCCUCAGCUGUGCUAAGAAUUGCCAUCUACUGAUUCCUGAUUUUUCUCUGUCAUAGCAUGGAUGAAUUUUCUUAUGUGUCCUUACCUUAUUCUGUAUUACCUACUGCCAUCUGACACCCCCAAAGCAUUUAUUUGCUUCAUCUGAAGACCUAAAUCAUCUUCAUUUUGGGUACUGGUGGAAGUGAAUAGAAGGGGCAAAUAAUGUAUAGAUUAGAAAUUUCCUCCUAUUAUCCAAAAAGUAGUAAUUUUGCUCCUUAGAGAAUGUCUAAUUCUGCUUUUGACCAGAGUGUAGAUAAAACAAGCCCUAUUGGGUCCAACACUUGGAGCACGGAAAUAGGUUCUUUCCUGCUUAAAUUCUAGGUGAUCUUUUUUCAGUUGUUUCAUCUUCUUUACUCCACGUGUCCUGUAUUAUGUUGGAAGAGAGUCUCAAAAAGAAAUCAUUCAUAUGUACCAAUCAUUUUGGAGCUGAACAAAGCAUAGGAUGUAGUUAAAGGGGGAUUUCUCUGGCAUUGUGUCUUUAUAAUACUUCAUAAUUGAUUAUCCCAGAUGUCUUUUCACUUUUCAAGGGGGUGGAGGGAGGGGAAAGAAUGCCAUUGCUCAUCUUCAGAAAGGGAGAUUGUCUGCCUACAGUUUUCACGUUAUGCUUGAGAGUGUUUUAUACCAUUUCAUUCUUUGUAUAUAUGGCCUUGUGCCAUCCACAAUAUAGACUGGAUCUUCCACUGUACUUUCCUGUUCUGAGCAGGAAGAUGCUUUUUGUACUUAAAUGUGUUAUCUAAGGUUACAAAUUAUUGCUGUUAAGCAUAUAUAGUAAAUAAGUAAGAAACCAAUAAGAAAAAAAAAAAGCUGUCUGUCAACAUUAUAGGUAACAAAGAAAAACAGAUGUAUUUUGUCACAGUGCAGUUUUCUCUUCAGGUAUACACCACACCAGUAAAUGUUUCAUACUGUGAUGUGUUCUUACCAGCAUAGGCAUGGUACCAUAUGGGCAUGGGCAAGAUACCAGGCUUUCUUACUAUACCAGUGCUUUUUUAAUUUCACCAUUUUAAAAUUUUUCAGUCAACACGAUUUUGGGGAAAAGUUCAUAGGAAAUACAGAGAGGUCAGUAAGGUCUCCAGAAUAUUGUUUUGGCUGACUACCACCAAAAUAUACACUUAACAUUUUGCAUUUUAAAACAAACAGUGGUUGUGAUUGACCUGGAAGUUUGGAGGGUGGAGACUAUCAAACCACUCAGUUUUGAUUGAACAUUCUGGGAUGUUUAGGUUUUUCUUGAUAUGUAAAGAAAAUAUACAGUGAAAGAUGCUUCUUAGACAUUAGCUUAAUCAUAAUAAUCGUGCUCUAAGGUGCACAUUCAUUUCUUUGACAACUGGCCUAAAUAUGAUUUUCCAGCAUCAGUGAUAAAUGUUUAGAGUUAAAUCAGUGCUUUGGGCGAAGGCCCUCUAUCAAUCAUGCUUCACUGUAUCACUUUAACCUAUUUCAUUAGGGUUCAUAGCAAUUCCAUAUCUGUUUGUUAGGAAGAUUUUGAAAUGGCAGUAUAAAAAAAAGAAUAUAAAUCCACUUCAGCCAAAUGAUGCCAACUUCAACGAAAGAUCAGGCAGAUGAAGCUUGGUCUUUGUUUACAAAUUUUUUUCAUUUGGUGAUUAUGAAUGCUUGUGGUGAAGCAGAAAGUAAAUUGUUAAGUUAAUGACUUGAGUGAGAAAUCCUUCAUUGGAUUUUUCUUUUUCUUUUCUUUGUUUUUAGGGAAUUUAAUGUAGUUGCUGUCCAGGACUACGUGUUUAUUUCCCUUAUUUUUAUUCUUUUCCCAUGUGCUCAGAUUACCUUUCACAGCAUUAUGGUUGUAACAAUACAUAGUUUUUUGAUCUCUGAGAAGGCAGAUGAGCACAGUACUGAGAAGUUUUUUAUUUAAAAAAAUGCAACUAAAAUAUUUCCCUUUUUUAAGGUAAUCUUUAUUAAAGUAAAUGAAACUAACUUAUAUUUUCUCUCUUUAAGAGAGAGAGAGGUUAUUUUUAUGUAGUUCCAGUACUUUAUUCAAAGCUGUUUUGUAAAGUGUGGUUUUCCAUGGAAUAUUAUGCUUAUGUAAAUAAGCUUCUAAUAAAGUAACAAGAUGAAAAACUA